AUGAACAUUUAAUAUUCUUUCUUGCCUAACUAUCAGUUCUAAAGGAUUAUAGGACAUGGAACUUUCGGAUAUGUGUUUGAAGCUUAUGAUAGAACCAAUGACAAGAAAGUUGCUAUCAAAAGAAUCUAAAAAAUUUCUAAACAAUUAAGUAGAGAAUAUGAAAUACUACUAUUACUCAAAGGAUCUCCAAACAUCAUUCAAAUAGAAGUAUAAUAUGUUAUAUAUAUAGGACAUAUAUUUGUCUUAAACUGAUGAAGGAAUAAAUGUUCAAAAUAUUAUCUUUGAAUAUAAGGAUUUCUCCUUAGAAAAUAUUUUAGCUUAGGCAAUAAGAAAUAGAUAGUUCUUACAACCAAAUCAAAUUAAAAGUCUAAUGAGAUAAAUCAUAGUAGGAUUAUGUAGUUUAUCUGCUAAAGAUGUAGUUCAUAGAGAUCUAAAACCGUAAUUUUAAUAAUUAUUUUAAGUGAAAAUAUUCUAGUUGAUAAGGAUGGUAAUUUAGUAUUAUGUGAUUUUGGGAGUGCAAAAGUAAUUGAUCAACGUGGAAUGAAUACUUCUUAUGUAGUAUCCCAAUAUUAUAGAGCUCCUGAACUUAUUUUAUCUCAUACAAAUUAUGGAGCUGAAAUAGAUAUCUGGGGUAAAUAAAUAGAUUCUUAAUUUAAGCUGCUGGAUGUAUUUUUUCAGAGAUGAUGGACUUAAAAGUAUUGUUUGAAGGUAAAAAUGAAGGAGAUCAACUAUAUUGCAUCUUCUAAACAUUGGGAAGUCUUAAAGAUAUUGAGAUGAUAUAUUUAUUUCAAUAUUAGUCUUAUAACUAAGAAAUACAAAAGAGAUUCAAAGGAUAUGAAUAGAAGGAUAUAAAGUUUUGGUUAAACAAGUUCUCACAUAUUCCUAAUAAUGAACUUGCAAUUGACCUCUUAUUGAAAAUGCUUUAGAUAAAUCCUAGAAGAAGAAUAACAGCUAAGGAAGCUUUGUAACAUCCUUACUUUCAGCCUUGA